AUGGAACCUGAAACUUUUGUUAAUUUACUUCUUGACCAUGUCGAGUCAAAAGCUGUAAUUUCCACAGAAUAUAACUAUUUACAUUCUCAUACUUGGGAAGUCGCGCCUGAAAUUGCCGCUAGGCUUCCGAGUACAUAUAAAUCAUAUCAAAACAUCCUUUUGACUUAUAUUUGUUCAAAUAAUAUUGUACCUGAUGGUGAUUUAACGUUCAAUGGAAAUUUUCUGGCUCAUGUUUUAGCAAAAAGAUUACGUGAAUCGGCGAAUCCCAAAUCAUAUACAUCAAUAUUGAAGUUUUUCAAUACAUUCAAGCUACCGAAUAACUUUUUUCCAUUCAGACCAAGCCUUGAGCUGUUAAUUAAACAAGUUUUUGAUGAUAGUGAGAUACCGGGACAAACUAUUCAGUGGUUACUAUCAUUUAUAAGAGAUCAGGCUGGAUGGCUAUAUUCAAUUAAUCUCGAAGAUGUCGACGCGGAUGCUGCAGAAUUCCAAAGAAUUAAAAUUUUUCGUGCUUUUCUUUCUGAAAAGUUUUGCAAGAUAUCGAAAACUUUGUUAUAUGAAGAUAUUGAGCUCUUACGAAUGGUACAAGGAAUUUCAAAGGUUAAUGAUAUUAAAGUAAACCCAGAUUAUACUAAUGAAGAAAUAAUUAUUUCUCAGAGAUUACAUGCGUGUCAAGAUAUUUUAGAUAUUGUUACGCUUCAUCCAAGUGAACAUCGAAUAUAUCAAUCGGAUCUUUGUAAGAUUAUUUCGCGUCAAGAUUUCACAAAAUUACGCCCGCUUCAUAUUAUGUUUAAAAUUUAUAAAGCUGAAUUUCCCAGCCAAAUCGAUCUUUUGUUAAAUCAAUUAAGAUUUGGACAAUUGAUAACAUUCCAGGAAAUUGAGUCGUUGAAGAUGAAACCUUUUCUGACAACUUUAAUGUAUAAUAAUAUCGUGAACGAAUAUUUGGAUCGUCUUGAACUUUUAGAGUUAGAGCUUGCACAGUUUCUCAAAAAUAAUCAGGAUAUUUUAGAUUAUGAAUAUUCUGAUAUUUUCAAUAUAUUAACGGAUCGUAAAACCGAGUUGAAUCCAAUUUAUGAAAACUUUUUAACUUUUAGAAGAGAUGAAAUCAUUCUUUUACUAUUGGAUAUUGCCGAAUUCGCCAUAAAUGUCCCGUUCAAGUUUAUGACGAGAGUGAUUCUUACUCUGGCAUUACUGCACAGAUUAUGCAAAGAAAAAUAUCAAAAUUUCGUAAAUGAUUCUAAUUCAUCGAGCAAGGAUGAUGAUUUUAAAGAAAUUAACCGAAUAAUACUUGAUAUUUGGUUGUCAUCAUUUUCUCGACUUCGAAUUUCAAGAUUUUCUUUCUCUCUCCAAACCAAUUCAUCCGAAUAUUGUUUUACUACAGCAUCUCCUGAUACAGAAGAUAAGAUGACAAUUGUGCCUAGACCAAUUUUGACUUUAUUCAUAGAGAAUCUUAGUAAAAUAUUUAAAGUUGUAUUAGAUAAUGACCUUGGAGAAGAAAGAAAAGGCAUUGAAGCUUUGAUUCAUAUAAUAUUUGAUAAAUUAGGAUUUGAAAUACCUUUAGAAGCAAUUCUUAUAGAACCAAAAUAUUUGUUAGAGGUAGUUGAGAAAGAUGAAUAUUGUGAUAUAUUGAAAAUACGUCUUCACAAUGCUAUUCAAGAAAAGUCAAAGUAG